CCUGCCUCUGGUGGAUGAAACCAAGUGUGAGGGGAACACAGCGAGGCGCGCGAGCCGGGUUCGCCCGCUCCACUCGCAGGCACGCUCCCCGAGGUCCGUGGCCACCCCUCCUAUGGCGCCGCAAUAUGGCCCGGUCCGGAGCGAGGGGGCGGGCACACGGACUUGAAGAGCCGGCCUUUGAGUUAAAGGCGGGAAAUGGCGGAUUCGUCGGGGCGCAGUGCUGGGAAGCCUUCCUCGGGGGGCCCCGGUACUCCUGGUGGCGCUAAGAUGAAAGGAAGCAGAACACAAGGUGGAAGAGUGGUUGAGUCCCGAUACCUGCAGUACGAGAAGAAAACCACCAAAAAGGCUUCUGCAGCAGAUGCAUUAAAGACCAGUGGGAAGAUGCCUGAAGGUGCAAGGAGAGUCCACCUGCUUCAGAAGAGCAAAGACAGCAGUGGCAUUGGGAAAGGAGACCUGCAGUCCACGUUGCUGGAAGGGCACGGCACCGCCCCGCCUGACCUGGACCUCUCGGCCAUCAACGACAAAAGCAUGGUUAGAAAGACUCCGCAGUUAGAAAAAACGAUGUCAAAGAAAACCGAGUCGACGUCCUUUUCGGCUUCACAGAAGAAGAGCCCAGGCCCGUCUGAGUCGAUGGAAAUGAUGGAAUCCCAAACGUUGCUCCUGACUCUACUGGCCGUAAAGAUGGAGAACAACCUGGUUCCGUUCGAAGAAAAGGCAGAGAGAAACUUAUUACUAAUGUGCAAAGAGAGGGAGAAGCUGCAGAAAAAGGCCCACGAGCUGAAGCGCAAACUUCUCCUCUGUCGGAGGAAGCGGGAGCUGGCAGACAUCCUAGACGCGCAGAUUGAGAUGCUCAGCCCCUACGAGGCUGUGGCCGAGCGCUUUAAGGAGCAGUACAAGACGUUCGCGACGGCCCUGGACACCACGAGGCAUGAGCUUCCGGUGAAAUCAAUCCACCUGGACGGGGACGGGCAGCAGUUCUUAGACAGUUUGCAGCGUGAAUUGACGACCACAUGCCACCUGCUGGGAGAACUUGGGAUCGGCAGUUUAGAAGAAAACUUGAAAGCUCUGAACCUGCUGAGCGAACUCAAGGAAAUGACCCAAAAGAAGGAUCUAGAGCUCCGAAGGAGCUUUGCCCAGGUGCUGGAACUUUCUGCCGAGGCAAGUAAAGAGGCGGCCUUGAUCAACCAGGAGGCCUGGGAAGAGACCCAGGGCCUCACGGCCUCCAGCCAGUGGUAUUUCAAUCAAGAAGGCGCCUGCGGGGAAACUCCGGGACACGUCAGGCCUCCGCUCUUGCUGGCCACUAGUGAGCCGCGCACGGUGUGAAUCUGUGUGCAGGCCGUGUCCCCUGACACAGCUGGGGACCUCUGCAAACUGUCGGGAAGAAAGCCCGUCCCCUGCCACUGGCUCAGGGCACACGUGUGCUAUGGUGGCACAUGUGUGAUGCUCUGGGAGCUCAAGCACUUUAGACGCUAAUUCAGCAGAAUAGCUGUUUUGUAUGAGCAUUUCGCCUGAUAUUUAAAAAAUAAAACUUUUGCAAUCGC